GGCGGGGAACAGCUGACAAUCUAACUAAACAGAGCACGGACAUCUUGCAAUUUGCAGUGCUUUACCGUAAAUUAGUGCACGUAGUUUAGACUGACAGAAAUGUAAUUAGUGACUGAUUGCCGAGGUAAAAAAUAAUUCGGAGGGUUAUUUUUAUGUGAUCACUUUAACAAUAGACCAUCAGUCGGUGUGAAAUUUUUAAUCACCGUGACGUCAUGUGAUUGCGUUUUGUCAUGGAGCACUAGAUCGCAGAUGUAGAACGCAAGGAACAACAAUGAAGAAUUUCUACCACUCUUUUGUCACCUAAAACACAUCAUGGAUUUAAUUUCAAAAAAUAAACCUUUCCAUAAAGAAAAUUUUUUUACAAUGGACACAGCACCUAUCGUCAGUCUUUUCAACAUGGGCACACAACAACAAACGGCAUCCGGUAACGAAACAAUCAAUCAAGUGUGGACGAAAGAACAUUUCGAUGAACUUAACGGGUUGGGUCAGAGAAAAAGUUACCUGAAAGCCAAUCUCUGUUUAGAUUUAAAACCUUUAAAAACCUCUUGGGCGAGCACAAAUCAUUACGAAAGGGAUAUUAACGGCAACGAGGAUGAGGAGGACGAGGAUGAAGGAGAUUUUAAGCAUGAAACGCAGGACACAUCGCCGACGCCUACAACGCCUGAUAAAGAAAUCGUAUCGCCUUCGCACCACGCGAGAAGGCCUAUGAACGCGUUCCUAAUUUUUUGCAAGAAACACCGCCCGAUUGUACGCCAAAAAUUUCCUCACUUAGAAAAUCGGGGGGUGACUAGAAUACUGGGGGAGUGGUGGGCGCUGCUUGAAACCGGUGAAAAGAGUUGCUACACAAACUUAGCUAAAGAGUACAAAGAUGCGUUCUUCUCCGCCAAUCCGGAUUUCAAAUGGUACAAACUUCCAGCGCCACCACUGCGAACACUAAACACACGUCCAAUCAGUGUUUACAAAAUUUCGUCGCCGUUAGCAAGCCCUACACACACAACUCCAACUUCUGCCGAAUUUACUCCAGGCAAACUGGCAGAUGAAACACAGUUGGGAAAUUUGACAUCGUUAAUGCAAACUAACUGCUCCACAACUAAAACUCCAGAUAGUCAUAAUACGUACGCAAGUGAAGCGAUGGACACAAACUCAUUCCUCAAUAAUAAUAAUAAUAAUAAUGUCGAUGUAGAAAAUAAUAGUGAAAAACAUAAGCAAUUGUUGAUAACUCCAAGUACAGAUACAAUUACCACUUCUUUUCCACCCAAACCAAUAAAAAAACGAAAAUUUUACGAAUUUAGUGAGAGUGACAAUAAUAACGUUGCACAGGAUAUUUUUGGAAUCAAGUCGCAAGCAGAGGUUGAUUAUAAUGAAAACACAUUCAUAAAAGACACACCUGACUGUGACCCGAACAAUGGUUUCCACGAACCCGAAAACAUGACACAGCAGGAGUUGAUGAAUAAGGUUGUGGAUAGCAUGUUUCCAGAUAAAGGUGCUGGCAUGGAUGAAGAAACAAAAGAUGAAACUAAGGAAACAAGAAAAUCGGGUCGUUCUUGUAAGGGGCGUAGGUACGCCGAGUUUAUGAUGGAAGGCAAGCUACUAGGAACUAAGCAAAUCAAACGAUUCACACAAUACAAACCUGAUAUUAUCAAUAAAUUCGAUAAUGCUUUAAGUAAUAAAAUCGAACACUUGGUACACAACAAAACCGAAACAGCAACACCAAAAUUAGACUUAAACGAAACUAUCAAAAGAUUAGCAGAACGCACCAAUACCAAACUAGAAGAUAUCGGCGAAACAUCCGACGGUGCCAUAGUAAACAAGGCGUUAAAACGAAAACGGACAGAAUCCGAAAACUCGGACGACACCAAUCUACUCAAGCUACAGUCCGAUUUCAAUUUACAUUUACGAAUCGCCGAGCUUCCCAGUUUGAGCUACGAGGCAUUCAUGCAACGCAAGAAGGACAGUAAGAAGAGAAAGUCGAUUCGUAGCAAAUCCGAGUCGAGCAUAACCAAGGCCAAAGUUACAAAGUUACCAAAAACCGAAAACGAUUGCUUGGUCGGUUCGAAGAAGCGGAAAAAUAAGAAUAAUAUUAUUCGAUUGGAACCGCACGAUUCCUAUCCGAAUGACGUGAGCAGUGACUUAUUUGGUUUGGCCACUCUCGCCGAAGUGGCCGCCAAUACUCAAAAAAUCAAUUAGUCAUAUUGUUAAUUGUUUUACUUUUAUGAUGUAGCAUUACUGCCUUUUUGAAGUGUAGCAUAGUCUUCUUUGUGCAACUGUUUCUUUAACAUCACAAAUUUACAUUUUAGGUUAGGAACAAAAAGCAAUAAGACUAAUACUAAUCAAGAAUUGUGUACGUGAGAAGUUUAUCUUAGGGCACAUAUUCAAGGAAUGGGCAUUGAUAUUAAAAUUUUUAACGGCAACUUAAUUAUGCUACAUCAUAAAUAUUCCUUUCUUAAUUUAUGCCUUUUUUAGAAAUUGCUCCAAAAUAAAGAAAAUUGUAGAGCACAGCUUAUGGUGCUUGAGAGGUGAUUUGGUGAAUGGGUAAGAGCAUAUUUGUGAUUUAGGCAUUAUGAAAGUGUGUAAAUACAUUGUUUUUAUCGUUAAUUCUUGUAUGUUUUUUGUAUAGUGUUAUUUGUUUUUUGUUUUUUUUUUAUUAAGUUUGGUUAUUAUCUAAUUAACUUGAAACCAAAUGUUUAUUCUAGUUUAAUACAACAUACUAUUAACAUUUUAAUUAUAUAUAUAUACAUAUGUUACAAUGGCUAUAUAUUUUAUCUAUAUUAUCUAAUUGCAAUAAGAAAAGUUUUAUGAUAUGUUGAUCUGUUAAGUAGAUCUAAAAGUUGCGUAGUUUUUAAAGUAACUACUUCUAUAUUUAUAGUCACUAUUUUGCACUGUUUUAACAAUUGCGUGGGCAUUCUUUAAAUUGUAUUUCGGUUAAACCGAUGUCCAUGAUUGAAUCAAUUAAAAA